AUGUCAUCAUCACCUUUACAUUCUAGUAAUAAUAUACCAGAAUCAAAUUUAAAUAAUGGAGAUUCAUUAGAUAGAAAUUCAGAAUCAAUAUCUCAAAGUCAACAAAAUCAAAAUGUUGUACCAUCAUCGCCCUUAUUUUUCAAUUCUUCAUCAAAUCCUGCUUCAGAUAUAAAUAAUAAUAAUGCUAGAACAAAUGAUAUAUCAUCACCAUUACAUUAUACUUCAUCAAUUCAUCAUACAUCAGAUUUAGGUGAUUUUAGGUCACAAAGAAGUAAUAGAGUUAAUGAUUUAGAUAGAAUUCUGAGAAGAAAUCAAAGAAGUGAUAUAAAUAAUGGUAUUUCAUCACCUUCAAGAAGAACAACCACUACUCAACAAAGAAAUCAAAAUGGAUCAACAUUGAUACAUUCAUCAUCUUCACAAUUUAAUUCAGAUAUUAUUGAACCAGAUGAACCAGUUAGAGUUAUUUGGGGUACAAAUGUUUCAAUUCAAGAAUGUUCAAAUAUUUUUAGAGAUUUUUUAUUAAGUUUUAAAUAUAGAUUUAGAAAAGAAAUGGAUAAUCAAGAAGUUGAACCAAAUGAUCAUUCAUUAUAUUAUGUUGAAAAAUUAAAUCUUAUGAGAGAAUUAGGUUUAAAUAAUUUAAAUUUAGAUGCUAAAAAUUUAUUAAGUUAUCCUUCAACAAGAAAAUUAUAUCAUCAAUUAAUUAAUUAUCCUCAAGAAAUUAUUCCAAUUAUGGAUCAUACUAUAAAAGAAUGUUUAUUACAAUUAAUUCAAGAUAGUAAUGAAGAUGAUAUUGCUUCAAAAUUAGAUGAAAUUGAAACAAAAGUUUAUACAAUUCGUCCUUAUAAUAUAAAUUUAGUUGAAAAGGGUAUAAGAGAAUUAAAUCCAAAUGAUAUUGAUAAGUUAGUUAGUGUUAAAGGUUUAACUUUAAGAUCAACUUCAAUAAUUCCAGAUAUGAAAGUUGCAUUUUUUAAAUGUAAUGCAUGUGGUCAUACUGUUGGAGUUGAAAUUGAUAGAGGUGUUAUAUCAGAACCAACAAAAUGUCCAAGAGAAGUUUGUGGACAAACAAAUUCAAUGGUUUUAAUUCAUAAUAGAUCUUCUUUCGCUGAUAAACAAGUUAUAAAAUUACAAGAAACUCCAGAUUUAGUACCAGAUGGUCAAACACCACAUUCUAUAAAUUUAUGUGUUUAUGAUGAAUUAGUUGAUACAAGUAGAGCUGGUGAUAGAGUUGAAGUUUGUGGGAUUUUCAGAUCAGUACCAGUUAGACAAAAUUCAAGACAAAGAGCUUUGAAAAGUUUAUAUAAAACUUAUCUUGAUAUAGUUCAUAUAAAAAAAAUUGAUAAAAAAAGAUUAGGAGCAGAUAUAACUACAUUAGAAAAUGAAUUAGCUGAAAAAGAUCAAGAAGUUGAACAAGUUAGAAAAAUAACACAAGAAGAAGAAGAUGAAAUUAUUGAAAUUAGUCAAAGAGAUGAUCUUUAUGAAGUAUUAGCAAGAUCCUUAGCUCCUUCUAUAUAUGAAAUGGAUGAUGUUAAAAAGGGUAUAUUAUUACAAUUAUUUGGAGGUACAAACAAGACAUUUCAAAAAGGUGGUAGAUAUAGAGGUGAUAUAAAUAUUUUACUAUGUGGUGAUCCAUCUACAUCAAAAUCUCAAAUUUUACAAUAUGUUCAUAAAAUUGCACCAAGAGGUGUUUAUACUUCUGGAAAAGGUUCAUCAGCUGUUGGGCUUACAGCAUAUAUUACAAGAGAUAUAGAUACAAGGCAAUUAGUAUUAGAAAGUGGUGCAUUAGUAUUAUCAGAUGGUGGAAUAUGUUGUAUUGAUGAAUUUGAUAAAAUGAGUGAAUCAACAAGAUCUGUAUUACAUGAAGUAAUGGAACAACAAACAAUUUCCAUUGCAAAAGCUGGUAUUAUAACAACACUAAAUGCAAGAACUUCAAUUUUAGCUUCUGCAAAUCCAAUAAAUUCUCGUUAUGAUCCAAAUUUACCAGUUACUGCAAAUAUUGAUUUACCACCACCAUUAUUAUCAAGAUUUGAUUUAGUUUAUUUAAUAUUAGAUAAAGUUGAUGAAAGAAUUGAUAGACAAUUAGCAAGACAUUUAACUGAUAUGUAUAUUGAAGAUGCACCAGAAAGAGUUACAAAUCAUUAUAUUUUACCAAUUGAAAAAUUAACAUUAUAUUUACAAUAUGCAAAAGAAAAAUUUAAUCCUGUUAUGACAGAAGAAGGUAAAAAUGAAUUAGUUAAAUCAUAUGUUGAAAUGAGAAAAUUAGGAGAAGAUGUAAGAAUAAAUGAAAAAAGAAUUACUGCAACAACAAGACAAUUAGAAUCAAUGAUUAGAUUAAGUGAAGCUCAUGCCAAAAUGAGAUUAAGUAAUAGAGUUGAAUUAAUUGAUGUUAAAGAAUCUGUUAGAUUAAUUAAAUCAGCAAUAAAGGAUUAUGCAACAGAUCCAAUAACAGGUAGAAUUGAUAUGGAUAUGGUACAAACAGGUACAACAUCACAACAAAGAAGAAUAAGAGAAGAUUUAAUAUCUGAAAUUUUAAAAAUUUUAGAUGAAAAUAAUAAUUUAAUUAGAUUUAAUGAUUUAAGUUUAAAAUUAAAUGAAAGAUCUUCUUUUAGAAUUGAAAAUUUUGAUUUAAAUGAUUGUUUAAAAAGAUUAAUUCAAGAAGGUAAAAUUGUUGAAAGUGGUGAUAGUCAUAGAAGAACUUUAAGGAAAAUUUCAAUUACUUAA